AUCUGGAGAGCUGCCAUCAAGCAUCUGCCUUUGGUGCUUGCCCCCGCAGGGAGUGCUCGGUGCCCCCUCCCUAUGCCACCCCCCACGAUGCCCCUGUCCCGCUGGUUGAGAUCUGUGGCGGUCUUCCUGCUGCCAGCCCCUUGCUGGGUGUCCCCGGAGAGGUGGCUGGGUUCCCUACAGCGGCAUGGGUGCCCAGUCCCGGGGGCCUGGCACAGUGCCCGCCGCAGGUGCCAAGCGUGGACAGAGGAGCCUCGAGCACUUUGCUCCUCCCUCAGAAUGAAUGGAAACCAGAAAUCGGAUGUUUAUGCCCAUGAAAGGCAGAAUUUCAUCCAGCAUUUCUCCCAGAUCGUCAGCGUGCUGACUGAGAGUGAGAUGGGGCACCCAGAAACAGGAGAUGCCAUUGCCCGGCUCAAGGAGGUUUUAGAGUAUAAUGCUGUUGGAGGCAAGUACCACCGGGGCUUGACAGUGCUGAUCGCAUUCCGGGAGCUGAUGGAGCCGAAGAAACAGGAUGCUGAUAGUCUCCAGCGGGCUCUGACUGUGGGCUGGUGUGUGGAACUGGUGAGAGGGCUGGGGAAAGUCAAAUUUAGACACACUUACUCCAGGGGUUCACAGAUGUGGGGAACCUUUUUUACCAUGAG